AUGAUGAUCCACCAGUGGCUGUUAAUCUCCUUGAGAAUUGGUUUAAGCCUCAGCCGGAGCAUAGCUGAAACUGAGCGUUCAUCGGACACUGAGGUUGGAAAGUUUAUGAGGUCCAUGGACGUAAUACCAGAUGUUAUAGAGGUGGGACCACAGGAUUUUCUUAAUAUUACGUACCAUGGCUAUGUAAAGGUAGAUCGUGGUAAGGAAUUGGAACCAAUACAAGUGCGGGAUGAACCGGAAGUGACGUGGCCCGCCUCACCAGAUGGCUACUAUACCUUGAUAAUGAUAGAUCCCGAUAUGCCCAAUGCUAUUCAUCCCGUUGACCGGGAAUUUCUGCACUGGAUGGUGGUCAACAUUCCCGGGAAUCUAGUGAGUUUGGGUGAUGUUCGCGUGGGCUACGUAGGACCCACUCCGUUGCAGGGAAGCGGAUCCCAUCGAUACGUAACUUUGCUCUACAAACAGAAGGAAUACACAAAGUUCGACUUUAAGAGGUUGCCUAAGCAUGUCCUGGACGGACGUACUGGAUUCGGCGCUACUGCCUUUGCCAAGAAAUAUAAAUUUGGUUAUCCAGUGGCAGGAAACUUUUUCACCGCCAGUUGGAGCACUGAUGUUCCCCAAUUAAUUAAAACCUUAAAAGUUCAUACUGUUUCCGAUUGGCAUUGAGUAA